CUUGACUGGAGGCUGAAAGGGAUGAGUUGAGAUGGUUGAAGGAGGAGAAUUAGUUAACCAUUAAUAACAGAUAACAUUUAUGGUGGUGCAAAGUGUCACAAACCAAACCUGUUUUGAAGGAACACAUUUCAUACUCUACAGUUUCUAGAUCCCUGUUUACAGUCAAUGUUAGCAGAGAAUUCACAAGGAAAUCUCAACUCGUCGGUCAAGAGGAAGGGUCAGCGGGUGGGCUUCUCACAGAUUGAUAUGGGACCAGACCAGUCCUCUUCAGGAUUGUGAGGUCUCCUCUCUGAGAGUUAUAAUGAGUUAUCAUCAGGGGGCUGAGGGUGGAGCCAUCCCUAAAGAAAGACAGAAGGAUGGGUCACAAAACAAGGAUUUUGAUGAGACCAUGGACCCUGAUAUGAGGGGCCAAUCAGAGAGAGCAGAGUCUAUUUCCUCUGGUUUUCUAUCAAUGAAGACUGACAAAUCCAUGGAUAUCCCUGUUCAUUUCAAAGUAGCAGACUCUCUACAUAACAAAGGGCCAGUAGACGUAUCCUGUGAUAUCUGCUCUGAGGUCGAAGCUCUGAAGUUCUGUCAGACCUGCAGUGUGUCCUACUGUGAGACCCACAUCAGACAGCACUAUACAAUACCUAAACUAAAGAGACACACACUGGUGGAUGUGACUGGAGACCUGGUGCAGAAACUCUGUCAACAUGACUACAGUCCUCUGGAUGUGUUCUGCAGGACAGACCAGAUGAUGAUCUGUAGUCAGUGUGCAGAGACAAACCACAAAGGACAUGAUACCACCAUCCUCGAGACAAAGAAAGCAGGAAGACAGCCUAAGAGUUUUGAUAGAGACCAACACACAACGUUGGCCGCGGAUGAUGUGCUGCCCCCUCCUGGUGACUUCCAGGUCCUGUUGCUGACGUCAGACUCUGUGUCUCUGAGCUGGGGUCCUCCUGAAGAGUUGAAGGGACCACAGAAGUUCAGAGUGACCUGGGGUUGUGAUGUGGAACCGUGCAGUAUAGGGGUGAAAAAUGUUCAUGAAGUUGAAAUCAGCAGACUCAACCCUGGUAAAAAGUACCAGUUCAAUGUGGCUACAGAGGGAGAAGAUGGAAGCCAAAGCAGAUGGAUCUCAGCCUCCCUAUCCGCAGUACCUCCUGCUCCAGACCAGCUGAAUGUUGACUCAGUGGACACCACAUCAGCUGCUGUUAGCUGGAACCAGCCACCAGGAUUGGACCAAACCCAACAUCAGUACCAGAUCUCCUACCACUGUCCAGGGACAGAACCACACAUCACUACCACGUCUUCACCCAGCAUCACUCUCUGACCUGCAAGGUGGUACUCAGUACUCUGUCUCUGUCUGUACUGUGCUGGAAGAUGGAAGGACAA